CUAGCAUUCCUCAAGCCAGAAACAUGACAGAGAGAAGAAAGAUGUGUGUCCCCUUUCUCGGACCAAACCCUAACACGUGAAUCUCCUCUUCCCCAUUUCCGUUUCACGCCGUCUAUACAUUUUUACGUAUCCUUCAACGCCCAAUCAGAUUUCUGGAAGCAACCCAUUUACCUACAAACAAACAGCUUUUCUCAUUUGUGUUGAAGGCAGAGAAAAAGCAAGAAAUGAUGGUGAGGUGAAGAUCAUAAUUUCUUCACUUUUCGUAGAGGAGAUCACUUCUCUUCUGCCUGAUUUCCAAACGAAUUAGGACAGAAAAGGUUGCAGCGUUGAGAGGGUAUAUGCAAAAGGUUCUUUAUGUUACUUGUUGAAGGGUAAGAAACUUAGGGGUUGUACAGAAAUGGCUCCUGCAAAAAAGGCCGAGAAGAAGGCUGCAGUUGAUGCAGCUGCAUGGAUGUUCAAUGUGGUCACUUCUGUGGGAAUUAUCAUUAUUAAUAAGGCCUUAAUGGCUACAUAUGGGUUCAGCUUUGCUACAACAUUGACUGGUAUGCAUUUUGCUACAACCACCUUGAUGACGGCGGUUCUUAGAUGGCUGGGAUACAUCCAAACUUCCCACCUACCCUUUUUGGACCUUUUGAAGUUUGUACUAUUUGCAAACUUCUCUAUUGUUGGGAUGAAUGUCAGUUUAAUGUGGAAUUCAGUAGGAUUCUACCAGAUUGCGAAAUUGAGUAUGAUACCUGUAUCCUGCUUGCUGGAAGUUGUUUUGGACAAGAUUCGAUAUUCAAGAGAUACAAAGCUCAGCAUUUCUUUGGUACUUUUGGGUGUUGCUGUCUGCACAGUUACAGAUGUUAGUGUCAAUGCCAAAGGGUUCAUUGCAGCCUUUAUUGCUGUUUGGAGCACUGCUCUGCAACAGUAUUAUGUCCAUUACCUCCAAAGGAAAUAUUCUUUAAGUUCUUUCAACCUGCUGGGACACACUGCACCUGCUCAAGCGGCAACUUUGCUGAUUGUAGGCCCAUUUCUGGAUUAUUGGCUUACAGCUAAGAGGAUCGACCACUAUUCUUUUACCUUCCCUUCCGUGGUCUUCCUGAUUCUUUCGUGCACAAUCGCAAUAGGCACCAAUCUGAGUCAGUUUAUCUGCAUUGGCAGAUUUACUGCUGUCUCAUUCCAAGUGCUUGGGCAUAUGAAAACCAUUCUCGUUUUGAUGCUGGGAUUCUUGUUGUUUGGUAAAGAGGGUCUUAACUUACAAGUAGUCAUUGGCAUGAUUAUUGCAGUCAUGGGGAUGGUCUGGUAUGGCAAUGCCUCGUCUAAGCCCGGUGGGAAGGAGCGGCGUAGCCAUUCAAUGUCCAAGAGUGGCCAGCAAAAGGACUCCGAAUCUUCUGACCCUGAUGAGAAGGUCUAAACAAAACUUCUGGCGACAAACGAUGAACCCUCCUUUACACGCAACUUUUUUAGUUUUCUGACAAUAGGUAUGCUUAUAGACACAAUUAAAGUUAAACUUUCUGAAUUUUGUAAUUCCUAUACAUACAUUCUAGCCUUUUUUUUAUUUUACUUGUGAGGCGAGGGAAGGAGGGGAUUCAAGACAAAAGCAUAGGCUUAGUUAUCCCUGAAUUGAUUUCUUUUCUUUUUUUGUUUCAUAACUCAUCAUAUAUACAGAGUAAUACUCUUUCGGUCCCUCUAUUUUCGCUUCUUUUUCCAAUUUU